AUGGCAUCCUCUCUAAAGGGCCUAGGCCCUCUCUUGGCCCUGCUGUUUUCCCUAGGUGGGCUGCUUGUACACAGCCAGAACCUUUCCUGGAGAGAAUUCAUGAAACAGCACUACCUGAGCACAAGCUGGAAAUUCAGCGACUACAAAUGCAAUGAUCUCAUGAGGGAAAGAGAAGCUCCACGAGACAGGAACUAUCACAUCUUCAUCUAUACCUUUUGGCACAAAAUCGAGCAUAUUUGCCUCAGGAAGUGGAGAGACCAUUACAGAAAUGUAUAUAUAUGGGCCCAGCAUCCCUUCAAAAUACUCAAGUGCUACCAGGAGGGCAACCAAAAGAGCUACAGAGAGCACAGCAGCUACAGCUACAUUGAAUUCCACUGUGGUGCAAACGGGCAUGUCGAUGGCAUAGAGGACAUCCAGUUGUUAGACAUCAAAAAAUAGAAAGUCUACCCACACCCCCAGGUUCGAGUAGAGUGUCCAGCGCUUCCCAAGUGGGAGCCCCUGCCUACAUCAACAGCCCUUGCUACUCCUUCCUUUGCAUUUAUGUGCCAAUGCUUUCCAACUACUUAGAGUUAUGCAUCAUCACAUGCUUUCUUCCUAUCAAAACCACCUGCACGGUUUCUCUGCCUGGAAUACCCUUGUGCCUUCAUUUAUCUGAUUUGCUCUUACAGUUUUUUAAGAUUAAGCUCAUAUGGCUUCUCUGUUUUACUGAACCAGGGACGUUCUUGAUAGUGACUCUCCUUAUA